AUGUUCCUGCUGUUGAACUGUACCAGGACGUUAAUAGCUCCACGAUAUUGCAAAAGAUUACCAAAAAAACAUAUUCAAUGUUAUUUUGAUAGAUUCAAUAGAAAUAUCAGUGAUGCUGUAAAGUUGUAUGAAUCGAGAUACCUUCUUAUUUUGCGAUCAACAACAUUUGUUGAAGAUACAUACUUAAAAGGUUUUUGCAAGGCAUCUAUGAAACAACUACAAUAUGAGAAACCAAGAAAUCAGUCCUCUUACAGUACCUUACCUACAAUUUGA